AUGGAGAGCAGCAAAUCAACAGAAGCCUAUCCAAUGAAGGGUGGAGAUGGUGUUUGUAGCUACACCAACAACUCCUCCUAUCAGAAGUCUCUUUCAGAGGUUGCUAUGUCAUUUAUCUGCGAGGCUGUUGCUGAAAAGCUAGCUGUCGAAAACUUAGCCUGUGGACACCCCAUUCGUAUUGCUGACCUGGGUUGUUCCAUCGGUCCUAACACUUUCAUAGCUGUCGAAAACAUAAUCAACUCUGUGCAAAUCAAGUAUGAAACCUUAACAAUCUCAGCACCACCCGACUUCCAAGUCUUCUUCAACGAUCACAUCUCAAACGACUUCAACACCCUCUUCAAAACCCUUCCCGCCAACAAACAAUACUUUGCAGCUGGUGUCCCAGGCUCGUUUUAUGGUCGGUUAUUCCCUCGGGCAUCUAUUCACGUUUUCCACUCUUCCUUCGCUCUCCAUUGGCUUUCCAAAGUGCCGAAAGAGGUGACGGAAAAGAGCUCUGGGGCUUGGAACAAAGGGAGAGUUCAUUACGGUGGUGCUGAUGAUGGGGUGAUCAUGGCUUUUCGGCAACAGUACAUGAAAGAUAUGGAGGGGUUCUUGAAAGCCCGAGCAGAUGAGGUGGUUUGCGGUGGGUUGGUGGUGGUUCUGAUGCCCGGCCGGCCAAAUGAGGUUCCACAUUGUGAGUGCAUUGGGAAUGUGUUGUUUGAGGUGUUGGGCUGUUGUUUAUUGGCCAUGGCGAAGCAGGGAAAGAUUGCGGAGGAGACCGUAGAGUCUCUCAACAUACCCAUAUAUUACGCAUCGCCUCAAGAACUAGAGGAAAUCGUGGACAGAAAUGGCUGUUUUACGAUCGAAAGAAUGGAAGGAUUGGCUCACAUUGCAGAGCCAGAGACAAAGCAUGCUGCCGGACGUCUGGGUAUGGGUAUAAGGGUUGGUGUGGAGGGAAUCUUCAAGGGCCACCUCCAAGAUGAAAUGAUAGAUGAGCUCUUUGAGUCCUAUACAAAGAAACUAGAACAAGCACCAUCUAUGUAUUCAUCUGGUGGAGCAGCUAUAUUAUAUUCGGUUGACAAGUUCAUAUUUCUAGCAGACUUUAUCAUUAUAGAUUUUGAGGCCGAUAAGGACAUUCCGAUUAUUUUAGGAAGAUCUUUCUUAGCUACCGGAAGAACCCUGAUUGAUGUCCAGAAAGGUGAGUUAACCAUGAGACUCCAGGACCAGAAAGUCACCUUUAAUGUCUUCAACUCUCUAAAGUACCCUGAUUACUUGGAAGAGUAUUCAAGAAUAACUGAGAUAGAGGAAAUGUGUUUGGAAGAAGGAAUUCAGAGAAACCUUAAGUUGGAAGGAGAGUAUGAUGAGGAUUUAGAAGAGGAAAGUAUUGAGGAGAUAGAGGAGACAGGAACUGAUGUUGUCCCAGUAGAAGUAGCAGCAUUUGAGCUGCUUGAAAAUAAUGAGCAAAAAGACUUCACCCGUCCGUAG